AUGGCAAAAAAAAUCUUAGAGAAGUUAGAUAUCCUGGAUGAGCAAGCAAAGACACUCUUGGCCAUAAGAGCAAAGAAAAACUGGCUUCAGAGUGAAGUAAAGAAAAAGAUUUCAGUGAUACCCCUGACAUUUGAUUUUCAGUUGGAAUUUGAAAAGGAUAUUGCUACCUCCAUAUCUGAGGCAGAAUCAAAGAUCACAAAAGACAGAUCAUAUGGCAUUAAAAAAACAAAAAGAUAUGUCUCCUUCAAAAAUAUGCCUGAAUCUAAAAAGAGUGAUUUUGAAAAGUCAAAUUUAAGACCACACUUUGCACCAACAAAAAUAAAAAUUCAAGAAAUCAAGUCAAUAGAGCCAGUAGAAGAAUAUCUAAAAUCAAGAUCUAUUAGAUCUUUUCAUUAUCUUAAGGAUACAACUGAGGUAGAACAUGCUAAACCCUUCCAUGAACUGUAUUCACAGCAUAGACAACAACAACGUAGAAGAACAUUGGGAUCUACAAUCUUUUCUCCUGCACCCAGCAUUCAGUCUAAUGCUUAUAAGAAUGAAAAAGACUCUAUUUACAGUACAAAAGACAAUAAAUCCAUCAGAAAUGAUCAAUUAAAUGAGUAUUCAGUAAGAAAGAAAAGCUUGCCCCCCUUGUGCUUUGAGGAUGAACUGAAAAAGUCAAAUGCCAAGAUAAUCGACAUUAGUCCAGCAAAGACAGCAACUUCUUACACGGAAGAAAAUGAUACAAAUCCCAUAAUUUUCCAUGAGACUGGAUAUGUACAAAUGUUACUUUUGACAAAAAACAGGCUUCCUCCCCAUUCUAUGGAAAAUGGGAAUGGUUACCCAUAUAAAAGAUCAAAUAUUGUUUUAGAAAGAAAUUGUGGAAUGCUCAAAUCUGUAGCUAGAGGUCAAUUUACUACUCCUUCCAAACCCAAAAUAACUCUGCCUACAACACAGAAGAAAGCUAUACAAGCAGUAUCUUUUGAAGUAAGCCGUAGAGUUGUAGAUGAUAAACUAAGGAAGAAAACUAGCAAGCAGAUAUUUGAAAACGUAUCUUGGAAUAAACUUUAUAACUUUUCACAGACUUUUUCCAGCCUAACAAAAAAAUCUGUGGGUUUCCUUGAUAAAACUGUUAUUCAAGAAAUGAGUGCUAACGGCAAAUUUGAAAAAACGUUUUCUACAGUAAAAAUAAUGAGCAAAUUGAGUGCCUCGCCUGUCAAAUAUUGCUCAAAGCCUUCAAAAAAUAUACUCAAAGUCCAUAAAAUAAAUAAUGUAACACCAUUGGAUGAUUUGUUAAACUUGUCAAGUAAAAAUUAAGCACCUCAUAAAAUAUUGUUUAUACAGCAAAAUUUGGGUAACAGGAAGCAAAUAAA